AAGUUGAAGAGGAUAUAAAUAUAAGUUAGCUAACUAACGUUAACUUAAGUGAAAGAAAGGUUAAGGCACAAUACCCAGGUUCCACGCUAGCAAACAAACAACGAUUGGUUUGUAGAAGGUCGGUAAGCUGUGCAACCAAUGACCACUGCAAGUUACGGUUAGGCGGUUCCCCAGUUGAGCUGCAGAUCAGGGUGGCCUGCCCAACGUCAAGCGGGGCAUUUCAGCUUCAGCCUUCAUCCACCCGCCGUUUCAAUCCCUUUCACAUCCCAGAUGGCGAACAACAACAACCUUCGAACAACCUCCAGCUCACGAGAGAGGCAGCUUUUCAGGACAUCCCAGUGGCCAGUAACCGAGUUCAGGCGAUAUAAUACCGGAGACAAUUUCCUCCAGCAGCUUGGGGAACCUCCACGGGUUCUGAACCGAGCAACGGGAGCACAGUCGAGGAUCGGUUCUCGCAUCGCACCACCAUGAGCGCCUCAACCUCACCAUCCAUCGAGCCCCUCGUCACUUUCAGCUCGGGCCGCGAUGGUAAAACGCCCCCGGACCUGAGGAUACUGCACUACAACGAUGUCUACCACAUCGACCCCUCGUCGGCCGAGCCCGUCGGCGGCGUUGCCCGCUUCGUCUGCCUCUGCAAAGAGUAUCGCGAGGCCGAGCGAUUCGAGGACCAGCCUGAACUGGUCACGCUCUUCUCGGGAGAUUCGUUCAACCCAUCCCUCGAAUCUAGUAUCACCAAGGGAAGCCAUAUGGUCCCUUUGCUGAACCUGAUCGGCACCGACUGCGCCGCUGUUGGGAAUCACGACCUCGACUUUGGUGUGAGGCAGUUCCAACACCUCAGCUCCAAAUGCAACUUCCCAUGGCUGCUAGCCAACGUGAUGGACCCGGCCCUGGGCGAGGGCGUGCCGCUGGGCAACGCCAAAAAGACGCACAUGAUCACCACCUCCAACGGCAUCAAGAUCGGCCUGCUGGGGCUCGGCGAGCGCGAGUGGCUUGAGACCAUCAACGCGCUCCCGCCCAACAUCAUCUACCGCUCCGCCAGCGAGGUCGCCCGGGAGCUGGUGCCUCAGCUGCGCGCAGAGGGCGCCGACAUCGUUAUCGCCCUCACCCACAUGCGCGAGCCCAACGACAACAAACUGGCCGCCCAGCUCGGCGGCGACAUGAUUGAUCUCAUCCUGGGGGGCCAUGACCACUUCUACGCCCACAGUUUCAUCAACGGCACCCAUGUCCUGCGUUCGGGGUCCGAUUUCAAGCAGCUCAGCUACAUCGAGGUGCGCCGCGCUGAGGAGGGCAGCGGGCGGAAGUGGGACGUGGAUAUCUGGCGGAGGGAUAUCGUGCGGGCGGUCCCGGAAGACGGCGAGACGCUGGCCCUGAUCGAAAAGCUAACAGCUAAACUCAAGAAAAGUCUCGAGAAGCCUGUCGGAUGGACGGCCGCGCCGCUGGAUGCGAGGUUCACCACCGUGCGGCUGAAGGAGAGCAACCUGGGGAACUUUGUGUGCGACAUCAUGCGCCACCAUUAUGGCGCCGACUGCGCGCUCAUGGCGGCCGGGACCAUUCGCGGCGAUCAGGUGUACGCACCCGGCCCAAUCCGGGUCAAGGAUGUGACGGACUGCUUUCCGUUUGAGGACCCGGUCGUGGUCAUGAAGGUGACGGGCAAGGGGAUAUGGGACGCGCUGGAGAAUGGCGUGUCGCUAUAUCCCGCGCUAGAAGGCCGUUUCCCGCAGGUUAGUGGCAUUGCCUUCAAAUUCGACCCGUCCCGCCACGCCGGAUCUCGCAUCGUGUCGGCCGAAAUUGGCGGGCUGCCGCUGGACCAUGACCGCAUCUACGUCCUCGCCACACGCGGGUACAUGGGUCGCGGCAAGGACGGCUACCGUAGCCUGUUAGUCCGGCCCGAGGGCGGCGAGUGCGAGGAGCUCGUGUCCGAGGAGAACGGCAUGCUCAUCUCGGCCAUCCUGCGCCAGUACUUUAUGUCACUGACCGUGCUGGCCAAGUGGCAGGGUUGGGAGCCGUCGCUGGACCGUCACUGGUCCAAGGUCGCCGACGGCGUUGCCAAGUGCCACCCUACGGUGGCCCCAUCUCCCGUCAGUCCAACCGAGGGGCGAUCCCAGAGCGGAUCGGGCGGAAAGGGUUGGGCCGAGUGGACCCCGUCGAGGAUCCGCCAGCGGCGCGCUAACAUCCCGCCCAUGGCCGGCUCCGCCGAGGACAACGACAGCGACAGCGAGUCGGGCGAGGAGCAGGAGGCGGCACGGCAGCGUGCCGUCAUCCUCGACAGGGAGCUGGCCAUUAUGCGCCGCGUGUUUGGCAAGUGGUGCCGGCUGGCCGGGGUGCAGGCUGGGACGUGCGAUUCUCUGCCUGCUGAGGAGUGCGAGGUGGCGUGGACGAGACCGAUUGCGCCGCAGGUUGAGGGGCGUAUCCAGAUGGUCAACGCCACUGCUGGCUAAGGUUGUAGGCAAAACGUUAACAUCCGGGUGUGCGCGAGUCAGGAGCGGCAGCCCCCGCAGGUUUCUGCUCAGUGGGCUAGACCAGCUGGUGGGAUGUGAUAGAACGACCGUUGCUGCUGUCCAGGCAUACCCCUUGUGGCGAUGUCUGAACAGGUGCUGCUGUCCAUUGCUGUUCGUUCACUUCACCUU